AUGGCAGCAUCCUUGGAGGGCUCUAGGUCCAAAGAGUGGUCAACUCAAAUCAAAACAUACUCUUGGGAUAAUGCCCAGGUAAUUUUGGUCGGUAACAAAUGUGACAUGGAGGAUGAACGAGUAAUCUUCACUGAGAGAGGCAAACAUUUAGCAGAGCAACUUGGAUUUGAAUUUUUUGAAACAAGUGCCAAGGACAACAUUAAUGUCAAGCAGACGUUUGAGCGACUUGUCGAUAUCAUCUGCGACAAAAUGUCGGAGAGUCUGGAGACAGAUCCCACCAUUGCUGCCAGCAAGCAGAACACACAGCUAAAGGACACCCCUCCUCCACAGCAGCCCAACUGCGGCUGUUAA